AACAAGACCGCAUGAGGGAUGACUUCUGGAAUGAGGCAAUCAAACUUGCAGACUUGCACCAUCCCAACGUUGUUGCUUUCUAUGGGGUUGUGCUUGACGGACCUGGAGGUUCUGUGGCAACUGUUACUGAGUACAUGGUCAAUGGCUCUUUGAGGACUGCUCUACAGAAGAGUGAGAGGAUUCUUGAUAAGAGGAAGCGUCUCUUGAUAGCAAUGGAUGUAGCUUUUGGAAUGGAGUACUUGCAUGGCAAAAACAUAGUGCACUUUGAUUUGAAAAGUGAUAAUUUAUUGGUUAACCUUCGUGAUCCACACCGCCCAAUAUGCAAGGUUGGUGAUUUGGGGCUGUCCAAAGUGAAAUGCCAGACAUUAAUCUCAGGUGGGGUGAGAGGAACUCUCCCUUGGAUGGCACCUGAACUUCUCAAUGGCAGCAGCAGCCUUGUCUGCGAGAAGUAAUGUGAAUGAUUCAGUUCCAAGAAAAGUUGGGGUCUUAG